CUUGUAUUUUUUCCUAAAAUCCAAAUAAAAGUUUGAUUUCAUUGCAAAAAAAACAUAUACAGUUAGUUUGGUUUUUGCAACCAGAAAUAUUUCAAAAUAUUGAAAAGAAACCCAAAACAAAUUGUGAAAGUGUAAGAUUUUAAACAGGAGUGUAUUAAAAAUAAAAGUGUAAAGAGAAAUAAAUUUAAAAAUUUAAAAACUUUUCCCCAAGUUUCUUCCGGAUUUUCUACAAGCAAUGAACACAGCUGUCAGUGAAAGUGAAUAAAUUGUGCCAAAUAUUUGGAAUAUUACAAUUUCUGGCGUGUGUAAAUGUAGGACGCUGCGUCGCUUCGUGAAUACGACCAACCCAUUUUGACAGCAGCAUGACGACAUCCGCAACCGCCACUGCCGCAGCCUCGGCACAGAUCUUUCGUUCGCUGUCAUCGGAGAGCCAGAAAAAUGAUUGGUCCAAGCGUUUGUCGUUGCGCGGCAUGCGGCGCGGUGGCAGUGCUGGCAGCAGCAACAUCAGCAAAGAGGAACCGAAGCUCAAGCACAAAUUCUUUAAUCGCUCUUCCUCGUUGAAGCAUGCUAGCGCUUCAAAGGCCACAAUGGAACUCCAAACGCCAUCACAACAAACAUCACACCAACAACUGGUGCAACAGAACUCGGCCGCGACGCCGAAAAAGUCAAACUGGGAGGUAAUUGAACAUUUCAACACGAGCAGCACUAAGGGCGGCAAGGCGGUGGUGAGUAGCAGUUUAAUAGCGGCGGGUAUAACGCGCUGCAACAUAGACGAAUCGAUCGAUUCCACCAACUCCAGUUCAACGUGCCCCAGCCCCAUGGUGUAUCAGCGCGAUGAAGCGCAUUUACUGCAGCAAAAUUUCGAAUCGAUGGAUGGACGCAACACAGAGGUGGGCAGCAAUGCAAAUGGCACCGGUGGCGGCGUGGGCGGCCUCAGUCCGACGAUUUCAUUUUGGUUUCGUUUGAAUCGUGUUAUCCUACGCCUUUGUACAACACAUCAAUUUAAAAAUCUACAGGUGGAAAUGCUUUAUCAGCGCUACUUUCUGCGCAUGAAUCAGAGCAACACGACGCACAUUCUGGCGUUGCUGCUGGCGUUGAUUGUGGCUUUGUCGAGCGCGCAAAUCGUCUUCACCACGCUGCAGCUGCGUCGCAACACGACAGGAACAACUUUCGUCAGAACGAACGACACGCGCAACAAUGCGGCUAACGGCAUGAGCGGCGAUGGUGGCAGCCACACUGUUGCUGGUGGCGGUGGCAGUGACGGCGUAGCCAUCGGCGUGAGUAAUGGCAGCGCGACAGCGGCAACCUCAAUUUUAACAUUAACGGAAAUGGGCAAUCACCAGGCGCAACUCUUAAGCCGACAUUCGGUUCCAACUGACGCUACGCUGAGCGGGUCCUCAGCGCAGCCGUUGUUCGGGCAUGUAAUCGUUGGUGAUGUUGCUGAUGGCUUAGGCACGACAGUGAGAAUUAGCGCACAACAAUUUGUGGCAAGUGCGGCAUUCAAGCAAACUCCAACAUUGCCACCAACAUUAUCAUCGGUUACAUUACCGCCGUUACGCCCAGCCACCACCAUUGCACCGCCUAUAACCACGAAAUCAUCAACUUACCUGCCGUAUGCGGCACAAGACUGGCGUGAUCCGCAAAUUUUCUUCGCACCUCAGCCCCUCAGCGAACGCGCUGCUUAUGCAGUCGACCGUCGAAGCAGCUCGGAGUGGUGGCUGCAAGCGCCAGCGGCUUUUAAGCGCCUUAAACGUAAAUACCAUCAACACAGCCAUUGGCCGAAGUUGCAUCGCUUCAAGCGUUCCAGAUUGAAAUCACCACAUUACAACAACAAACUGCUAGUGGAGCAUAACGCAGCGGCAAGUGCGGAGAUGGAAUAUCGACGAGCGACAACGAGGCGAGUGCGAAUUAUGCGACGCAAGCGAAAUCACAGCAAUGCUCUGGGAAUGCCAUGGCAUGUGCGGGGCUUCGCGCGGAAACAGGACCCAUCAUUGCCCGAAUAUACUAGUUAUACGAGACUGAUAAAGCGACACGAGCACGCGAGCCGAUUAGCUGCGCCCAUGAAAUACGAGCAACAAUUGGCAGCAGGACCUAGUAUAAGUGAAGCGACAGCGGAAGUCACAACGAAUGACGGUGAGGAUUCACUUGACGCUGGAAAAAAUAAUGAAAAGAUUUAUACAAACAACCAUAACAACAACAAUUACAAACAACAUAUGGCACGUACUGUUGAUGAAGUGGAGUAUAGCGUGCGCAGCAAUGGAAAUGUGACAACGACGAUGACGACCGGGCACCACGACGCCAUAAAUGAGCACACGCUGGACAAUGCAACCAACACAAUUGCGGCGGCAACAACAACUGCUGAUGAGGCUAUGCUAGCGAAUGCUGGUGGUGGCAAACGUAUGGCAAAUCUGCUAGCUGCGAAAGCUUCAUUAGAGCAACGGCAGCAAGUCGAGCCGUCGGCAAUGCCCGGUGAUGUGGAAGAAAUCACAGCUGCGCCCGGAAAUGUCGCAUACCCCGACUUGCGUCUGUUGUUCGAAACGCUGUCAGCAAUUGAUGAACGUGUACUGGUCUUCCUUGUGGUGAUGACAAUUUGUGUGCUGGUCUAUGCAUCACUAUUGUGCAUACUCUCGAAACCGGCAAUGAAUGAGAUCUUCCUGGUGCUGGUGUCUUAUGUAAUUGUGGGCACAUUUGUUGCCAUCGAAAUCGCCGUCGGCUAUGCGACGUUGCCAAGCAAGUCGUACAAUGGCAGUUCCUGUUGUGUUGUCUUCAUCUACAUGACGUACACAAUGUUGCCGCUGCGUCUGCGUGAGGCCCUCAUCGGCGGCAUCGUGUUGUCGUGCAUGCACAUCUACACCAGUCUGCGCUACACAGAAGCGACGAUUCAUUGGCAGGAGUUGUUCUGCAGCCUCUUGGCAUUAUUCCUCUCCAAUCUGACGGGCAUUUAUACACACUGGCCGAAGGAGAAGGCGCAACGGAAGGCGUUCAUCGAGACGCGGCAGUGCAUUGAGGCGCGGCUGCGUACACAGCGCGAGAAUCAGCAACAGGAACGUCUGCUGCUGUCGGUGUUGCCGCGUCACGUUGCCAUGGAAAUGAAGGACGACAUUGCAGGGCAGCCACGUGACACGCAGUUUCACAAAAUCUAUAUACAACGACACGAGAAUGUCAGCAUCCUCUUUGCGGAUAUCUGCGGUUUCACCAGUCUCUCCGAUCAAUGCACCGCGGAGGAGUUGGUACGAUUGCUCAACGAAUUAUUUGCCAGAUUUGAUCGAUUGGCCGCUGAGCAUCAUUGUCUGCGCAUUAAACUUUUGGGCGAUUGUUAUUAUUGUGUUUCUGGACUGCCGGAGCCGCGACCGGAUCACGCACACUGUGCCGUGGAAAUGGGCUUGGACAUGAUUGAUGCAAUAGCGCUUGUUCGCGAAGUGAUGGCUGUCAAUGUAAAUAUGCGUGUCGGCAUCCACACCGGACGUGUGCAUUGCGGUGUACUUGGUUUGGUCAAGUGGCAAUUUGAUGUGUGGUCGAAUGAUGUGACACUGGCCAACCACAUGGAAAGCGGCGGCAUACCGGGACGCGUGCACAUCACCAAGGAGACGCUCAAGUGCUUGGAUGGCGAUUACGAAGUGGAGGAGGGCAAAGGUGCGGAGCGCAACACAUAUCUGAAGGAUCAUCAAAUCGAAACUUAUCUCAUAGUGCCAGGUGAUAUUUAUCGACCGCACAAAAAAUCACGCAACCGACUGCAGGUGAACGGCAAUAUUUCGAAGGAGCUGCGAAUGAUGGGACAUGCUAGCGCACAGAAGAAUACCUCAAAAUUUGGCUUCGGCGACAGUUCGGAGGGUGCCAAGGAUCCGGAGGACGAGGUGAACGAGUAUCUGAUGCGUGCGAUUGAUGCGCGCAGCAUUGACCAUUUGCGUGCGGAGCAUUGCCAAUCGGUGUUGUUGUCCUUCAAGGACGAAGCGCUGGAAAAGAAGUAUGGCUCGGAACCGGAUCGCAUGCUGGGAGUAUAUUUCUACUGUAGCUUCAUUGUGUUGAUUGCCACGACACUUAUAAGAUUUUCUAUAUUUAAACCGAAUUUACUCACAGUCAUCACCUCAUGUGCGACAAUUGUUGUUGUGCUGCUGAUUUCGCUGCUCGUCGCCGCGCAUGUGAUCAAUAUGAAACUACCGAUUGGCGUCAAGAGAUUCUCUUCACGUAUUCAUAGCGAUCGCUUGUUGGCGCAGUGUUUUGCUUUUUUAACCGUUACGCUGAUUGCCCUCACAACCAUAUUGACAAUGGCAUAUGAAAUCUUCUACAGUGUAAAUUUCGAAAUUUCACCAAUUAGUAGCCAAACUAUUAAACCCAUACUUCCGGACAAUGCUACAACGCGUGCAGCUGAGUUAAUUGCGUUCGAUAGUGAUUUUGCGUCGUUUGAGAGCGCAAAUAGUCCCGAAGUGGACGAUUUUAGAUGUGAUUAUUUUUUGGCAAUAAAUACUUUCUUGCUGCUGACGCUGCUUUCGAUGAUGACUUGUGCCACUUACCAGGUGUUGCGACUUGUAUUGAAGUUGUUAUUGUUACUGCUUGUUGCUGCCUUCUACACCGGUUUCUCGCUGUAUUUGUAUAUGCGCAGGGAUGUGCGCUUCAUGCUGGACAUGGAGGAGGCUCUGCUGCGUUACAUAAUUGAUUUCAUUUUCCUGUUUGCAUUCAUGUUGGCGCUGAUUUUUCACAGUCAUCAGACGGAGGCCACUUAUCGUCUCGAUUUCAUUUGGAAAUUACAAGCCACAGAGGAGAAAGAGGACAUGGAACAUCUGCAGGCGUACAAUCGCAAGCUGCUGGAGAAUAUAUUGCCUGUGCAUGUGGCGGAACAUUUUCUGAGUCGGGACAAAAAUAUCGACGAUCUCUAUCACGAGCAGUGCGAUAGUGUGUGUAUAUUAUUCGCCUCGAUUCCGAAUUUUUCGGAGUUCUACGUAGAAUUGGAAGGCAACAAUGAGGGCGUGGAGUGUUUGCGUUUGCUCAACGAGAUUAUCGCCGAUUUCGAUGAACUGCUCAGUGAGGAGCGUUUUCGAUAUAUUGAAAAGAUCAAGAGUACGGGCGCAACAUACAUGGCUGCCUCUGGUUUAACGGCAAACACCUGUGAUCAAGUGAACUUCGCCCAUGUUACCGCUAUGGCGGAGUAUGCGCUACAGUUAUUCGACAAAAUCGAAGAGGUCAACACGCACUCAUUCAACAACUUUCGACUGCGAAUCGGUAUCAAUAUCGGUCCAGUCGUUGCUGGUGUUAUUGGCGCACGUAAACCACAAUACGAUAUUUGGGGUAAUGCAGUUAAUGUGGCAUCGCGCAUGGACUCCACUGGGUUACCGGAUCAUAUACAGGUGACACAAGAAAUGUAUCAAAUAUUGGUUGGACGUGGCUUUGAGCUCACCUGUCGUGGCAGCGUCAAUGUAAAGGGUAAAGGCUCCAUGAUUACAUAUUUUCUGAAAGGAAAGUCAACGCAAAUACCGGAAGUCCCAACGGGCAAUUUCAACACAGCGACGUCGCUGAGCGAGACCAAAGAUGAAAGUGUCGAAGACAACAAAAAACUCAUUGAAACAACAACUAGUCUACCAAUUACCUCGCCUCAAGAAGAGAAAACUGCAGCAAGUAACAUUGAGAUCGUUGAUAAGAAGCCGGAACUGCUGGCCACAACGCAAGAGCCCAGCAAAACGGCUGAACUAUCCAGCAUACUACAAAAUGAGCACAACCAGACCAGCAUCGACUCUGGCGAUGAUCUCUCACCCGACUCGGAGUUGAACUCUUACAUGCAGAGUGCCACGGCGCAGCGGCGCAAGUCACUCUGUCGUCAACACAACAUAUCAUCUUCCUUCGGCACAACAACCAGCUCGACGUCAGCACUCACGCCCACCAUGUCGAGCAGUUCCAGUGUGGUCACAAUAGCCGUAAUGCCCGCCAUCGCCAAGACUGCCUCCUCAUCCGUGGACAACUCUACGGAGGGCAAUUUGGGGGGCGGCUCCCUGAAUACCGCCACGCCCGGGAACUCGUCGAAUGGACGCGGCAAUAGCCAGCCACGCACCUACGUUGACGAACUGAAAGAAGAAUACAAAGAUGACAGCGACAAGGCGCCACUCAAGGACUCCAUUGAAAAUUUACAAAUUCUACUGAAAAACAAUAUAAGUUUGUCGGAUCUCAGCAAUAAGCAGCAAUUGAAUCUCAGACCAAGCGAUGCCAAAAUGCAACAGCUGAAAAAGGAGACCAUUGUCACAUUCCGCACCGAAACGCUUGCCUGCCGACAACGCAAUUCGAUUACAACGAUCGCCACGACAACGCGGCUGCGCAGUUUUGACGAAUGCAUCACUUCUGUCUUGACAACGCCAACAACAAAAGCAACCGGCGCUCCCAACAAUACUCAGUGGACAAAUGGCAGCGCGCAUAAAAGCGCCGAAAACUCAACGAACGACAAGCAACCGAUGCAUAAUGGCCCGCAACAACGUCCACAAGACUUGUCGGGUCGUCAACGCGUCGACACACAUCGCAGUCCCAUCAGAAGUUCGCAGUCGAUGAGUCCCAUCGGUCUGACCGGCAGCGAAGUGUUCGUGCUGCCCAACAGCCGCAGCAUGAUCGUGUUCAGCAGCAGCGGGAGCAGCAGCAGCGACGCCGCCAGCUCCAGCAGCGAGAGCAGCAACACGGCCGCCGACAGCACGAUCGCCUAUAUGCUGCAGGACGUGAGCACCUAAGCCCUCGUGGAAAUAAUGUACCAAAUUGUAAGUUUACUGUUAUUUGCUGUAAAUUAUCCAAAGUUAGCAUUUCAAUUGUAAUUACGUUAAAAGUAUUUGUUGGAGCUUGUGUACAGAGAAAGAGAGGUUUAAAUACUGUUAAGUAGAAGAAGUAGAGUAGAGUAUGUACAAAGCUAUUUAAGUAAGUAGUCUAAUUAGCGAUCGUGUAUAUAUAAUGAACAAACGAAUCAAAUUGCAAAGGGAAAAGUGCAGGUACAUUAGUUGAAUAGGAUGUCAAACAUACUUACUAUACAUACACACUUAGUGUUAGGUCAUUGUUCUUCUUCAUUAGUGCUUAGUUUACUAGAGAUCUCUGAAUUACGCCAUGCUUUGCCUCCGAUUUAAGUUUGUGUAUAGUAGUCGUAUGAUGUACAUAAAUGCAAGCUGGAAGUUGGCUGGCUGGUUGAUUGAAAAGGGAUGUGCCAGAGUGUCAGACCACAGGCGGUCGCACUUAGGCCAACAAUAGGUCAAUUGUGUUCUCGCCUAGUAACCUAAUCAAGCCUUAUCCAGCAGUUCAUCGUAUUUGGUUAAGCUUAAGUUACUCUUCUUUAUUUUCCUUCACUUAAUAUGAGUUUUCAUUGUUUUCAUUUAUUGGUUAACUAAUCACUUAAGAGAUCUUCUAUGACUUUUAAGGAGAUACAAUUCACUACUAAACGAGAGGACUGCACUCAUCUAGUGCAGGCUUUCUUCUAUAGUUUCAUCAAAAAUCAUUCUACAUUGGCGUUCAAUGUUGGUUUUGCUUUCGGUGUUUAUAUUUGUGCCAAAAUCAAUGAAGUUAGCAACAGCCUUGAGGUGUGGCUGUCAUAGUGGCAUAUGACUCAAGUCGUAAGCGCGUUGACUAUUUAUUUAAUAACAAGAGAUAGUAAAUUCAUACACCUUUCUCCAUUUGUCGUGGGCAAACAUUUUACAAAAAUUAAAUAUAUUUUUUUUAGUUACAAGAAAAUGGUUAACCCGAACUUAUUCAAUUUUUUGCUUGAAUUGAUCUGUCAAAGUUAAAAUUCUACUAAUGAUCUAAAAAUAAAGUCUGGUUGUUUUGAGGAAUAUAAUAUGGAAAUAAAAUAUAGAAUAAAGAGUAGGCUAUGAGAUCCACUACUAUACUUGACUAAGAAUCUAUCGUUAUUAACAUAAGAAAGUUCUUAAUUUAUUCACUUUCUUUAAGGCAAAAGUCUUAAGAAUCUGUAAAGUUAUCAAAUUGCUUCUCAUUGAAUAUCCAUAAGAAGUUUUUGAGUUCAAUUGUCAACAAUUGUUACAAAAUUUUUGUUUAAACUAGUACGAUUUAAAUAAAAAACUAUCAUUGAAUUAUAAUUUUACUUGAAAUACUAUUUUUUAGCUAAAAGUAAAGUCUAGAUAUCUUAUUUCUUAAUAAACUUUUUUCGAAGAGAAUAGUUUGUAAGGGCCACUGCUUUAUCGUAUACUCUCUUCUAAGGCCAUAUUUAACUCUCCAGUCUCCCGAUCUCCGCAUAUGAAGUUCUUAAAUUACUCACUUACGUCAAAGUGAACAUUUUGAGAUUCCGAAAACGUACCACAUUGGAUUUCAUGAUUUCAUUAGUUACUUUUAAAAAUAUCACGUGAUUAUGAUUUGCGCAAUUUUUCGAAGAGAUUGUUUUUUCACUAAGUAAUAAGAGGGUAGUUGAGGUUCCUAAGAGUUAAAGGUACAGCACAUCGAAAUAUAUAUGUAUAGAGCUAACGGUGCUUCUUUGAAAAAAAAAGUUUUGUUCUGAAUGACAGCGUAUGUGUUUGUAAAUAUAU